ACGCUAGUCCCGCCCCCCGCAGCGCCGCGGCCGUCAGACUUCUCACAGCGCCGAUGGUGCUUCCCGCGAGAACCAUGGCUACUUUCCGCUUGGCCCUCAUUCAACUUCAAGUUUCUUCUAUCAAAUCAGAUAACAUCACUCGAGCUUGUAGCCUUAUCCGGGAUGCAGCAUCACAAGGAGCCAAAAUCGUUUCUCUGCCGGAAUGCUUUAAUUCUCCAUAUGGCACGAAAUAUUUUCCUGAAUAUGCAGAGAAAAUUCCUGGUGAAUCCACACAGAAGCUUUCUGAAGUAGCAAAGGAAUGCAGCAUUUAUCUCAUUGGAGGUUCCAUCCCUGAAGAGGAUGCUGGGAAAUUAUAUAACACCUGUACUGUGUUUGGGCCUGAUGGAACUUUACUAGUAAAGUACAGAAAGAUCCAUCUGUUCGACAUUGAUGUUCCUGGGAAAAUUACAUUUCAAGAAUCUAAAACAUUGAGUCCGGGUGAUAGUUUCUCCACAUUUGAUACUCCUUACUGCAGAGUGGGUCUGGGCAUCUGCUACGACAUCCGGUUUGCAGAGCUUGCACAGAUCUACACACAGAAAGGCUGCCAGCUAUUGGUAUAUCCUGGAGCUUUCAAUCUGACCACUGGACCAGCCCACUGGGAGUUGCUUCAGCGAGGCCGAGCUGUUGAUAAUCAAGUUUAUGUGGCCACGGCCUCUCCUGCCCGGGAUGACAAAGCCUCCUAUGUUGCCUGGGGACACAGCACGGUUGUGAACCCUUGGGGGGAGGUCCUAGCCAAAGCUGGCACAGAAGAAAUGAUCGUGUAUUCAGACAUAGACCUGAAGAAGUUGGCUGAAAUACGCCAGCAAAUUCCCAUUUUUAGACAAAAGCGAUCAGACCUCUAUGCAGUAGAGGCGAAAAAGCCCUAAAGGUUAUUUCCAACAUGUCACAAAAUAGGAUGAUAUGAUUCUGCAACAUGAUCGACUUGCCAGUUCAGGAACAAAUACACUUUAUCACAUUUUAUCAUGACCUGAUGUUUAAUUUUUUAAUGAAAAUCCUUUUUUUUUUUUAAAUUUUAGUCUGUUCCUUCCCAGGGUGCUGUUUGAUGAUGGGAAUCUCAGCACACUGACAUUCUCUAUAUCAUGUUAGUUAAAAAGGAUGUAGGGACAAGACUAAGGCCAGAAGAAGGGGCUCGCCCUGAAGCUUCUGUAUUUAAGUUGCCUCAAAGCAGCUGGCAGAAGUGUGAGAUCCUGGUUUCCUGAUGGUUGGUUCACCUAACUUGUGUCCUGGACCUCUUAUCUCAUUUGCUGGAGUUGUAAUCCAUUAUCUAGAGGAUUUAGUCUUGUACUAUUUUCCAAGCAGUACCUUAAAUUUCUAUUUUUGGUCCAUGAGCAGCUGUCAGAUAAGGUGGUAGAUAUUUGGUGUUUGUCAGAGGAGGUAGCAGCCCCUUCCUUCCUAGUAGCUUUUGUGCUCAAAUGUAAGGAGCUAGUCAUUCAACCCCAAACCCUCCUGGUCAUGGGGCAAAGACUGGGCCAGCAGUGAGCCCUAUGGGAAAUGGCAGUGGUAGCAUUUGGUGAAGUCAACUUAGUAUCGAUCUCUGCAAAAAAAUUUGUGAAGUGUUUGAAAAUCUUUUUCCUUUUGCUUUUUUCCCUAGUAAUAUUUUCUAGCUCCAUAGGUAAAGAACCACUGAGCCUAGUAUUUCCUAGACUUUUUGGUCUUAAAAUUCUUUUGCACAAUUAAAAAUUAAGGACUGAGUUAAUAUACAUAUAGUAUACACACCUAUAGUCUUAGCCACUUGGGAGGCUGAGGCAGGAUUGCCUAAAGCCCAGCAGUUGGAAGUCCAGCCUAAGCAAUACUGCUAUACUCUAUCUCCAUAAAAAUUAAAGAUGUGAAUGAGUUUUUGUUUAUCUUUGUUAUAAGUAAUGGUGGGCUGGUAAUUGUUUAGUUGAGAAAAAGCUCUGAUUUUGCUGGUUUUUGUGGCAUACUUUACCAUGGCUGAGUCCAGGCUACCAAGUUGAUACCUGUGAACACUGAGUUGGGAACAGACAUGCACAGUCAGCUCUUCUGAGCUGGUGCAAUCCUGCUCGAGCACACCACUGGUUUUAGGUAGAUAUUUACCUUAUUGGAAAAUAAAACAGAAAAAUUCAAAACAAGUACCUGAGCAUACAUUCCAUUAGUUAUAAGAAAUGCAGGCAUCAGUGUCAUUUAACCUCUGGAAACCAGCAGUGUAGACUAAGAAGAGAAGUGGAAAGGAUAAAUUAAGACUUUUAAAAUUAAUUUUUAAAUUUAUAAUU